UUCUUGUGAGACAUGUGAUCGUUUGCAUUGACUCGCCUUUCUCAUUUUCAGUAAAUUCUCAUUUGGGAUUUUCUCUAUUAUUAUCUCAACUUCUCAACUUUUGUCUUCCCUUGCUCUGUUACCAUGAAUUUUAACAUUUUGUUUUGAAAAAAACAGUGGUGUGUGAAUAGAGGAACAACUAGUACUGCUAGGCUGUGAAUCAAAUAAGAGAAUUAGAGAGCAUUGUUUUGUGGAAAAAGUCUUUGAUGGUAACUGUAGCUAACGGCAGUAGAUAUUAAACUUCUUGGACAUCAGUUCGAUCCCAGCCUGCUCUGGUGUUGCUAGCUCUGCUUCUUUUGGAUCUGUUAUGAUCACUAUAGGGAUGGGUUAUAGGGCUGCCUGAAUGUGAUUUGGUACAUGUGCAGGUUGGCGUUAAGGUCCCUUGGUUAACUAGAAGCAUUUAGUUAUUCAGUGAACCCCAUUUUUAUUCGUGGGGGCAUAUACUUGUAUUUGUUGGUAUUGAUAAUUCUGCUGCGUAUAAUCUCUAGCAACACUCCAUUAGCUAUUGGUCAAGAUUUCUUCAAAAGUUCCUAUUGCACACACCGGAAUGUCUUCCGAGGCUGGAAUGCCUAGGCAUGAAACACAAGGGUUUUCCAGCAGCAUUCCUCCCAAGAUGGAUGUCUACAUUUGGGACAUGGAUGAGACCCUUAUACUGCUCAACUCCUUGCUGAAAUCAUCAUAUGCCGAGGGUUUCAACGGUCUCAAGGAUGUGCAGAAGGGCGUGGAAAUUGGGAAGAUGUGGGAAAAUCUCAUUCUACAAUUGUGUGAUGACUAUUUCUUCUAUGAACAAAUAGAGAAUUUAAAUUACCAUACUCCAUUUCUUGAUGCUCUGGUCCGGUAUGAUGAUGGGAGGGACCUAUCUAAUUAUGAUUUUAACCAUGAUGAGUUAGGUCCUCCGGAUGAUGAUGCCAACAAAAGAAAACUUGCCUAUAGACAUCGAGUCAUAGCACAAAAGUACUUACAGGGUUUGCAUAAUAUUUUAGAUCACGAGGCGAAGAAAUUUUGGGAUGAAUUGUAUGAUAAAACUGAUGAAUAUACUGACAGAUGGCUGUCUUCAGCACGGACCUUUUUGGAGGAGUGUUCAGGCCAAAACAAAGAUUUGGUUUCUUCCAUUGCUUUUUCAAGUGUAGUAUCUAACACAACCAAUGCAAGCCAUCAGCAUGUAAAUGUUUUGGUGACGUCAGGAGGGUUAAUACCCUCUCUUGUCAAAUGCUUGCUCUUUCGUCUCGACGGUUUAAUACCACAUGGAAAUGUUUAUAGCUCUUGUGUAGUGGGAAAAACUCAAUGUUUCCGAUGGAUCAAGGAGCGUUUCAACGAUCCGAAUGUCCGCUUUUGUGUAAUUGGAGAUGGAUGGGAAGAAUGUCAAGCUGCGGAAAUCAUGAGAUGGCCAUUUAUUAGGAUGGACCUGCGGCCAGACAAACUUCAUAGGUUCCCUGGUCUCUCAUUGACAACAGUUGGCCACUAUUUUGCAGUGGUAUACGGAAGCCCAGAUGAUGAGAAUGAUGCUACCUAGCCUUCUCUGGAAUUUCUCUACAAAAGAUUUCCACAAAAUAGUUGAAAUCGUGUUGCCAAAUGUAUGAAUUGUUGCCUUCAUAUGGCUGUCACAACUUUGGUGGUAAUUGGUCUUUAGAAGAGAUUAGAUUUAACUAUUUCCUCUUGCAAUGCAAUAUCAUAGCACAUAGCUUAAGAUGUAUAGAUGUUUAAGUUGAUGGAAUGUAGAUGAUCCGCCACUUAUCAUGUAUGUAACAUGCUUCAAAUUUAUAAUUAGCAGUAGUUGAUUUUA